GAGGCGAGCGGCUCGGGUGGCCGAGGAGCAGCGGCUCAGCGACUGGCAGCGAGUGCGCGGCGCCCCACACGCAACUUCCCCGCAGCCGCCCCGGCGGCGUCCGCCUGUCCCAUGUCCCGCAAGGCGAGCGAGGACGUGGAGUACACGCUGCGCAGCCUGAGCAGCCUGAUGGGCGAGAGGCGCCGCCGGCAGCCGGAGCCGGGGGCGCCGGGCGGGGAGCGCAGCCUGCUGGCCGCCGAGUCGGCCGCCAGCCUGCAGGGCGCGGAGCUGGAGCGCGCGGCGCGCAGGCAGUUCCAGCGCGACGAGACCCCCGCCUUCGUGUACGCGGCCGCCGCCUUCUCGGCUCUCGGCGGCUUCCUGUUCGGCUACGACACCGGCGUGGUGUCGGGGGCCAUGCUGCUGCUGCGGCGCCAGAUGCGCCUGGGCGCGAUGUGGCAGGAGCUGCUGGUGUCGGGCGCGGUGGGCGCGGCCGCCGUCGCGGCGCUGGCUGGAGGGGCCCUGAACGGCGCCCUCGGUCGGCGCAGCGCCAUCCUGCUGGCCAGCGCCCUGUGCACCGUGGGCUCCGCCGUGCUGGCCGCCGCCGCCAACAAGGAGACGCUGCUGGCCGGCCGCCUGGUCGUGGGGCUCGGCAUCGGCAUCGCAUCCAUGACUGUGCCCGUGUACAUCGCGGAGGUCUCCCCACCCAACCUGAGAGGUCGCCUGGUCACCAUCAACACCCUCUUCAUCACAGGCGGACAGUUCUUUGCCAGUGUUGUCGACGGUGCCUUCAGUUACCUGCAGAAGGAUGGAUGGAGGUACAUGUUGGGACUUGCAGCCAUUCCAGCCAUUAUACAAUUUUUUGGAUUCCUCUUUUUGCCCGAAAGCCCUCGGUGGCUGAUCCAGAAGGGACAGACUCAGAAGGCCCGCCGAAUUUUGUCCCAGAUGCGUGGCAAUCAGACCAUUGAUGAGGAGUAUGACAGCAUCAGGAACAGCAUCGAGGAGGAGGAAAAGGAAGCCACUGCAGUCAGGUCUAGUUUCCCGUUGCUGUUGAUUAAAGAGAUCAACUUUUCUCAAGUACAAGUUCUUGGAGCCUUCCCUCAGAGUCAGUUGGCUUGGACAGCUGGACCUAUAAUCUGCAGAAUGCUGAGUUACCCCCCAACUCGCCGAGCGUUAGUUGUGGGAUGUGGCUUACAGAUGUUCCAGCAGCUCUCGGGCAUCAACACUAUCAUGUACUACAGCGCAACCAUCCUCCAGAUGUCUGGCGUGGAAGAUGACAGACUUGCAAUAUGGCUGGCUUCGAUCACAGCGUUCACCAAUUUCAUUUUCACACUAGUGGGCGUCUGGCUCGUCGAGAAAGUGGGUCGCAGGAAGCUUACCUUCGGUAGUUUGGCAGGUACCACAGUAGCACUGAUUAUUCUUGCCCUGGGAUUUCUGCUCUCGGCACAGGUCUCACCACAGGUCACUUUUAGACCAACGGCUCCUUCGGAUCAAAAUACCACCUGCACGGGAUACAGUUACUGUAAUGAGUGUAUGCUGGAUCCAGACUGCGGUUUCUGCUACAAGAUCAACGGUUCAUCUGUCAUUGAUUCCUCCUGUGUUCCAGUUAACAAAGCCUCUACAACUGAAGCAGCCUGGGGCAGGUGUGAUAACGAAACCAAGUUCAAAGCAGAAGGUGCUCAUUGGGCUUACAGUUUCUGCCCCACCCCCUAUUCCUGGACAGCACUCGUGGGCCUGGUGUUGUACCUUGUUUUCUUUGCACCUGGAAUGGGACCAAUGCCCUGGACCGUGAACUCCGAAAUCUAUCCUCUCUGGGCAAGAAGUACAGGAAAUGCAUGCUCAGCUGGAAUAAACUGGAUUUUCAACGUGCUGGUUUCACUGACCUUUUUACACACAGCAGAGUAUCUUACAUAUUAUGGAGCGUUCUUCCUCUACGCCGGAUUCGCCGCUGUGGGACUGCUGUUUGUCUAUGGCUGCCUCCCUGAAACCAAAGGGAAAAAAUUGGAGGAAAUCGAAUCGCUCUUUGACCACCGGCUAUGUUCAUGUGGCGCUGCCGACUCGGAUGAAGGGAGGUACAUUGAGUACAUCCGCGUGAAGGGAAGCAACUAUCAUCUCUCCGACAACGACGCAUCUGACGUGGAGUAACUCCCGACUGAUGACUUUCUAGUUACCGAAGUGAACAUGGCGGGAAGGCCAGCGGUUGGUCACUGCCCUGCUCGCAAGCUGAGUCUCCCCACAGUCCUUACAAAUGACUCCAUAUUCCAGAAGACUUGAUGAGCAGAAAAAUACAACCGUGGUGAUGUUUAUUUUCAUACACAGAAAUGUUUAAAAAAAAACAAACAAACAGAUUUUUCUUGAGCAAAUGUGUAUACGCCCUUCCUGAAAUAGUCUAAACAUUACUGUUGUACCCAGUGACUUCAGUUGGGAUCCCUCUCUCCUUAAACCACAUAUAAUUAUUAGUGGCAAUACAGUCAGUGCUAAUCUAGGCAGAUUAUAUAUGUAUAUUUAUAAAGGAUUAUUUAAAAUGAUCUAAAGAUAUUUAAUGUCAAAACAUAGCAUUGACCCUAAAUUUUCAUAUCAGAUAGUGGCUUUUCUCUGAUCAGCACAAGGUAGCUGCCAUCUAAACUUCUACCCACAAAUUCAGAAGUCCUCUGAGGACACAGCUGUCCCUCUCCCCUUCCGGUUCCAGAUGUUGGCUUCUCCAACACAGAUAUGGAAAUUCCCUCCGAGGCUGAGUACACAGCAUCUUUUGAACAUUAUCCAAAGCAGGCCUUUUAAGGGUUAUUUUCGUACUCUUUUUGCAUCAGUGAUGAGUAUAUUUGCAGAGACACGCUAGCAUGUUUUGAUAAGUAUAUUUUAUUGUCCAAGUGAGAAAGAACAGAUUUUUAUAUAUCCUGGUUUAUUCGUUACUUCAGAAUGCAACUGUAAACGUGACGCGGUGCCAGGCGGUCAGCUGUAUCCCAGGGUCAGUUCUACUCCAGACUCUCUUCAUUGUCACGCCCUGGCUCCCACUGUCCUGUGCCUUCCUUGGUGUUAAACGACAGCUGCUGGCAGAUUGGUUGCUUCUCUCUUUCUGAUACACAGGAGGAAAGAAGUCAGUGACAGAGAUGUUAUUGACAUCUCAUUUAAACCCUAGGACUUCUUCCUCCAGAUGUUUGAUUGGCUUGCACUAAGAGCAGGAGCACACCUCAAGUCUAAUUACUUGUGAUUUCCCCCCCCGAGGACGUGAGCUACUUUUAACCCCGUGUUCUCUUCUCAUUCUUAGUAAUUUGCUACAGAAGCGAACAUUCGAAGCAGUGUCUGCUACUUUAUCUCAGACAUGAUUUGGUUUCUGUCUGGAGAUAUUGAGGUUUCUCCAUUUGAAAAAGACAUAGAUAGGUUCUAAUGCCACAGUCGGUAAAACGAAUUGACUUUCUAUUGUAUCUCUCAAAGUAUUUGAUGGUUUCUGUGUUCAGUCAACCCUGAGUUCCUAAGUCUCGCCACCCUACUAAGAGCUAUGUGAUACAAACAAAAUUUCUCCUUCACAAAAGUCAUUUACAUGUUCUUCUAAAGCUAUGGAUGAAUCUCAUGACCAGUUAGGAAGACAUCACUUUGAUGCUGCACACCAUGAUCUAAACGCCUAACUAAGGCACAUACCCAGGUGAAUGAUGGCUACUGAUAGAUGAAGCGUCUCUGCCGAGCUCCAACACGUUUAUUCUUGCUGCUUCUUUCUGACUGUAAUUAUCAAGCAGAAACUGUAGUAAAGGAAGUUUUCCCCCAGUCACCAGGAGUACUUACAUAGUCAAUUUCCUGCCCUACAAAUCUGUCAGCCAAAAGAGGAGGCUCUCUCUGUUUGGUUAUUUAACGUUAUUUAAACACACACACACACACACACACACACCUAACGUAAUAUUUUUGCAAAGUUUUCCUCAAAUUAGGUGCUUUGAAAUUUAUUUAUAGAGGAUAAUAGUACUGGUUUUUCUCUAGAGCAGAAGAUAUUAUUUAUUAGGAUGUGUUAUUGGAUAUUUCUGACCUCUCAAGAUAUUUCUUAACUCAAUAGCAUUUUCUGAGGUCAAAUGUAAUACAGUUAGCAUAUUAUGGGAAGAAAAAAAUGAGUAAAGUGCUCCUUUUAAAAUAGAGUUUUCUGAGUUGCCCAACCCGUUGCCUCAGUUCUUCCCUUUGAGGUCCACAUAGCCUUAAGCACAUAGGUGUCUCAACAGAGUUGGCACAGGGUACCUUUUUUAAAGGGACAGCUAGAAUCCUUAGUCCUGAAAGCUAGGUGUGACCUGUUCUUACUGACAUGAAAACAAGUACAUCCUCAGCUUUAUUUCCCUAAAUUAACAUAAUAUUGGGAAAUCCUCCACAUCCCUCUGCCCUGUUCCCUUCAUCAUUUCUAAAAGUUAUUUGUUAUCUAUAUAGUAACAGUAACUCAUACCUGUAACAUACAAGACAGAGAGGCGCCUAAGAGACGUAUUCAUAACUUGUAAAAAGCAACUCAGUACUUGAAAAGGGACCUUCUAUAAUCUAGACAUGAUUUUUAGAUUUGCUGAACAUUUAUAAUACAUUAAAUUUUCAGAUUUUUAUUCUAUCAAACACGUCUUCUAUUGAACCAUCAAAUGUAUGUUUUGUAGGACAGUUUCUAUAUGAUAUGAUUUGGCCUGACACGUUAGACAUAUUAAACAAGUGUACUUGCUCCUGUAAUGAUAGGUUUCUCUCCAAACAUGUUCCAUAUCCAAUCCAGGUGUCCUUCAUUUGGGAACAUUGGGUGAAGAAGAUCCUGAACACGCCUGCAAUCUGGCUGGGUAGCUGAUGUGCAGGAGAAUGAAGAAUGCAUAAUUUUGUAUGCAUGUAAGCACGUACUAUUGGAAAUGAUGUAAAAAAGACUUGAUGUGAUCUUUGGAGACAGUUCAGUGGUUACAGCACUGGUCUGAAAAGAUUGGGUCUUAAUAUUUUUCUUCCAUAUAAACAUCUGUAAUAAUUUUGCUGGCUACACCUAUAUUGGUCAGCAUCCAAAACACAGCUUUGAAUAUACCUGGACAAGAUCUAAAUAAAUGGUAAUUCCAGGAGAAAAACCACCAGAAUCUUUUCAACAGCUUUAUCAGUGAGACACACUUUAGGAUCCAGUCUUAACAACUGUCACUCACUCCAGUGUGGGAGACCAGCAAAAGCACAGAGUUCAUGGAUCUUUGCUGUAGCUCCAGUGUCCACUAAACAGAGAAAGACUGGGGAGAAACUGACACCUGGCCCACUUAGUUUUUAAGAGCAAAGUAAAACUGCAAUGUAUUGUUAAUAAUCACCUCUCGGGUCAUGGGUGAGGUGGUAUUUUAGACAGCACUACCCAUGUCUUCUGUAAUAACCGAGUGUGAUAAAGAUUCAGUUAUCAAGUUCAGACCAUCUCCCUAACUAGAAACAAAAGGAUUACAAGGUAAAAACCAGGCCAAGAGUAGAGGAUACAUGGUAGCUGCUCUCUAGAAAACAACUCGACAUUCUACCUUACACUGCAAAGUUAGAGAUGAAAUUCACAGUUCAAAAGUAGCUACUGCCUAUGAAAAGACUCAGAAUUAAUCUCUGGGUUAAUUUUUAACAUCCUUCAAUCUAUCAAUCUCUACCAAUCCUGGCCUCGUGCACAGUAAGGUUCAUUCAGUUCUCCAAGUAGUUCUGCCUCCUUGGGAAACAGCAAUCAGUUGCAAAUGCUAACUGCUCAGCUCUUCCUUGUAUGCAGUUUAGAGAAGACAACGCCUAUGUGCCAAUCAUCUUCAGAGAGUUGCUUUAUGAAUAUUCAUGUUCAGAAGUACCAGGAAGUAUUUUAUCAUUAUCAUAAUGUACUUGUGAGUUCAGAACAGUAUACUUCUCUAAAUCUUCAUAUGUGUACAGUACAAUCUAUAACACUUUAGUAAUCUUGUCAACGGCCUUCAUUGACAUUGUUCACAGGUAAUAUUCACAUUUUAGACAAAUUAGGCUCAUAGGAUUGAUUUUUUUGUCAUGUCCAUAAAAAUAAGAAAUGGACUGUGCAGAUAAUCAGUACUCAAACUUAUGAACUGAUACUUUAUAAAGUUCUAAGAUUUUGCUAAAUUCAACAUCCCAUAUCACUUAAAGUUUAGACAAUAUGAGGAUAUUAACUCUAGCCAAAGUAGAAAUUUAUGACCUAUCUACAUGUCCAGAUUCUCUGGUGGCUCCCUGUGCUACGUCUCACUUGAUGUUACAAUACUGUUUGUGACAUAUGUUCUAAUUUCUAUCUAGAAACUCUAAGUAUACAUCUCUACUCAAUCAGGAGUCUCCUGCGGUCAGAGGUGUAUGUAUUUUGAAGUGCAUUUCAUUUUCUAGUGCAUGUUAUCUACGGUUUAAUACUUGACAAACCUUGGCAAGUUUAGUCUUUCCAUUCCCACCUGUGACAUACGGACCAUCUCUUGGAAACUGCCACUGUCCCAUCUAUCAAACAUGCUAGCCUAUGCUGUAUCUAAAGUAUGGUCUAUUUUCUGGAGAUUUAGUGAUAUACAUGUAAAUGUUUUUUAAGUUAUUUUAUUGAACCUCAAUAUUUACAUGAAGUUAUAAUCUUUUUUUAAAGAAAGUGCCAGUGCCAGAACUGUAUAAGAAAACAGUUAAAUAAAAGCAAAGAGAACUCA